AUGUGGUAUCUCCAAUUGCUUGAGAAUUCAGAUAAUAAUAAAUUUGAUAAUAAAAAAGAGGAAUCUGAUGAAGAUGAAGAGGAGGAAUUUAAUAAAGAUAAAAAGGAGGAAUCUUAUGAAGAACCCGAUGAAGAACCUGAUAAAGAAUCCAAUGAAAAAGAUGAAGAGUCUAAUAAAGACUAUAAAACUGGUGAACACAAUGUUAUUUUGAGG